CGUUUUGUUAGCUUCGUUACUCUCAAAUUAUUUUUUUUGCGGUGGAAACACGAACUCUUUCUAGGGUUUUAGAUUUGCCCGAAAUUAGACACUUUCUACAAGAAUAUUCAGCUCUGGUUCGUCUCAUUUCUCACUGAAAUUUGGCUGAUUUCGUUCUUUGCAUCGUGUAGUAGGGUUUAGGAUAUGAUUUCACCUCAUCUCAAAUGAUUUCGGUGAUGAAUAAGGAUUUUGAAUUCGAGAAGAAACCAGAUGAUGGCCUUGAAGAGUCACGAGCGGAGGAAAUAGAUCUCGAGCACGCCGCUGAUAGUUCGAGCCACGAUGAUCAAGUUUCUGAUUCCAGAGUUGUUAAGGAAGCUAGGGUUUCCUUAAUGGAGAUGGAUCCUGGAGCUCCGGGGAGCGAGUUCGAUGCGAAGAUGUUGGGAAAUGGUAGAUCUGCCGAGUUUAGGGUUUUCCCGUCGGAGGAGGUGGGGUUUUUGGUUAGUUCGGAUGGCGAAGGUGGCGGCCCAGGUAUGGAUAUGAAGUUCUCGAGCUCUCUUGUUGAUGUUAAAAUCUCGAAAACCGAUCGAUUUGAUGGUUCAGUUGGUCAUCUGGAUGCACAGAACGAUCGAAAGUCUAAUUUAUCUCAGUAUAAGUUCUUAAUGUCUGAGUUUGAUGAUUAUGUUGCGAAUGAGAGUAGUGGUGCAAUGGUUGCGGCGGCAACUUCGAGGGCGAUGAGCUAUGGGUUUGAGGUCGGGGAUAUGGUGUGGGGAAAGGUCAAGUCUCAUCCAUGGUGGCCUGGGCAUAUUUUUAGCGAUUCUCUGGCUUCUCCUUCUGUGCGACGCACCAGGAGAGAUGGAUAUGUUUUGGUGGCAUUUUUUGGUGAUAGCAGUUAUGGCUGGUUUGACCCUGCUGAGCUAAUCCCAUUCGAGCCGAACUAUUAUGAGAAAUCUAGACAGACAACUUCAAGGACCUUUUUGAAGGCUGUGGAAGAGGCAGUCGAUGAAGCGAGUCGGAGACGGGGUCUUGGUCUAGCCUGCAAAUGUAGGAAUCGUUACAAUUUUAGGCAGACGAAUGUGCCGGGAUACUUCGCUGUUGAUGUUCCAGAUUUUGAGGUAGGAGGUGUUUACUCUUGGAAUCAGAUUAGGAGGGCGAGAGAUAGUUUUAAACCCAGUGAAACUCUCUCGUUUAUCAAGCAAUUGGCGUUGACUCCGCGAGGUGGUGAUCAUAGAAGCAUUAACUUUGUGAACAACAAGGCUACAGUCUUCGGUUAUCGAAGAGCGGUUUAUGAAGAGUUUGAUGAGACAUAUGCUCAGGCAUUUGGUCCACCAUCUGGGCCUGGACGUCCCCCUCGCAGCUCGGUUGCUUCAUUGGAUCAGCAUAGAGAACCAGCUCGAGCUCCUUUGAGUGGCCCCCUAGUGAUUGCAGAAGCUUUGGGGGCUGGGAAGAGUGCGAUAAAGCCUAUGAAGUUAAAGGACCAAUCUAAGAAAGACAGGUACCUACUCAAACGUCGAGACGAACCAAGUAACUUGAUAGACUUUGGGGCUAACCAGGAGCAGGCAACUUCUACCGUUCCCUCGUCUCUCGUCACAGAAUCCGCCAAAACUGGGGUUGCCGAAGAUUAUGUUCUGCUGAAGAGGACUCCAACUGUUCCUGUCAAGCCUCAAAUACAGGUCAAAGGUGACCACACUGCGUUUGGUACCGAUACCGAAACUUCUAGUCUGAGUUUACCCAGCAAUGAAGCUGAGAUAGGUAGGAUGGCCUUGAGCACCAAUCUUACUAGCCAAGGACUUUCUACGAGCAUCGAGGCAUCUUCUGAUAAGGGAACGAUUCCUCUAGAGGAACCGAAGGAGACAAUGGCACCUAGUGAAGAUAUCGGUUUUAGGAAUGAUGGCUUCUCUGAUAUAGCAGAUGAGAGGGCUGUUCCGAGAAUGUUGGUGGAUACCGAGCCUCUUCGUGACCAAUCAGAUGCGUUACGUGAAGUUCGAUAUGCAGGUACAGAAAAUAUGUUGAAAUCUUCUGGAACUCCUCAACAACUUGAGCUUAGUAAUUCAGUGAGUCUUGAAGGUGACCGCGCAUCAGAUAGAAAUUUGGACAGCCACGUUAACGCUGAACCUUCGUCAGCUGGUGCGAAGUUUGCUGAUGUCAAUAGUUCGGUUGGCGGAGUCUUGAAGCCAAAGGUCCUGAAACGGCCAGCCGAAGACAUGAGCUCCACGGGCACUCCGAUUAUGGGGGUGAAAAAGAAAAAGAAAAAGAAGCGAGACAUAGGUGCAGAAAUGGGUUCCGAGCAUGUACAGAAACUGAUGGCAUCGAAGAAGACUGGGAACUUAGUCGGAAAAGUUGCAGAAAAAUCCAAUCAGGUUGGUUUGGGUUCCAGAGAGGAUUUCCGGUCGACAUAUGAGAAAAAAAGCACUGCAUCAACUAAUUCGAUAUCACACGCUAGCGGGUUGCCUGGGUUUGGCCGAGGGAGCGAUGAGUUCCAUGUGCCCCAACUGUUAAAUGAUUUGCAAGCCUUUGCUCUGGAUCCUUUCCAUGGGGUUGAAAGGAAUUGCCAAGUGAUCGUUCAGAAGUUCUUCCUGCGGUUUCGGUCACUCGUUUAUCAGAAAAGUUUGAUUUCGUCACCAUCAUCUGAGGCCGAGUCCGCUGAUCUUCGUGCAGUUAAAUCUCCAGAUGCUAGCCUUGGAACUGAUAAUUUAAGUGAGAACAUUAGAGAUCACUCAGUUAAACCCUUACUUAGACACGAUGAUCGAACAAAAGCGGGGCGAAAACGUGUUCCAUCUGAUCGUCUAGAGGAAAUUGCAGCCAAGAAGUUAAAGAAAAUGAGUGAUUUGAAAUCGUUGGCAUCAGAGAAAAAGGCUACCCAGAAACUUGCCGAUAGCCAGAAACGAGAAACCAGAGAUUCUGUAGUACCGACGACGACAAUCAAGACGGUCAAGCGAGAUUCUGCGAAGAAGUUGGUGCCUCCUUCAGUAAGGAAAGUCGAUCCAACCAUGUUGGUUAUGAAGUUCCCUCCCGAAACAUCACUUCCAUCCAUGAACGAGCUAAAGGCCAGGCUCGGUCGAUUCGGGCCAAUCGACCAAUCAGGUCUCCGUAUCUUCUGGAAAACAUCAACAUGUCGUGUCGUUUUCCUCUACAAACCAGAUGCUCAAGCAGCCUACAAGUAUGCAAUGGGAAACAAGUCCUUAUUCGGGAAUGUCAACGUAAAGUACCAACUUCGAGAAGUAGGAACUCCUGUAACCGAAACACCCGAAUCCGAGAAGGGAAGUGCAACAACAGACGACAAUCCUAUCGAAGCUCCCAGGAUGAAGGAUCCAAUGGUCGUCCUACCAGGACGAGCAUCAUCGACCCCAGUGGUACAUCAACCACCCCUUCUACCACUCCCAACAGUUCAGCUCAAAUCCUGCCUGAAAAAGUCAUCAGGCGACGAAUCCGGUGUACCGAGUAUCGGCACGGUAGGCAGCAGCAGCAGCAGCAGCAGCAGCAAAGGAACGACCCGAGUGAAGUUCAUGUUGGACGGCGACGAAAGUAAUAGAAACAACAUCAUGAAUGCUAAUUUCGCAGAUGGUGGAACAUCUCCUUCUGUUGCAAUGGAUAUUAAUAGUAACUUCUUUCAAAAGGUCGUUUCUACACCUCCUCCCCUCCCAAUUCCUACAAAUAUUAUGCAUCAACAACACUCGGAAAUGCCACAACCUAGAAAUGCACUCAACCACCACAACCACCACCACCACCACCUCCACCACCACACACCCACCAUGGCACCACCGCCCACCACCACCACCACUCCCCCGACCCCGACCACCGACAUAUCCCAGCAGCUGCUGAGCCUUUUAUCAAGGUGCAGCGAUGUGGUCACCAAUGUCACAGGCUUGUUAGGCUAUGUGCCAUACCACCCUCUUUGACAACAACAAAACUUGCACAAUAUCUCCAAGGACAAGAACUUUAGGUGUCCCGUGGCUAAUACCGCCAUUCCCGAAACGGGGGAAGAGAUAAAAAUGAGUACGGUUCAGUUGGGACCGAGACUUGUUCGAGAGCGGAAUGCAUAGCUAGCUUCUCCUAAAGUGAAUGAAAAGGGAUGGGAUAGUUGGGCACUCCAAAGAUGGUGAUG